UGAAACCGACACGGCUCAUUAGCUAAUUAGUGUUACCAGGACAGCGGCUAUCUUCGGCCCAACCGACGGCUUUAUCUCUGAGUUGCGUCAACGACUGUGUCUACUCUUCGCACGUCCUCCUUAACCCUGCCCGACCAUGCCCCUGGAGGCUUAUCAAGCUUUCUUUGUUUCCCAAGGGCGGGCUAAGUCCGUGGUUGACGGCGGGUUUAGCGUGCGGAAUUCAAGCCGCCCCCAUGCUUUCCCUCGUUAUCCGCGUCUCUGGGGAAGGCGACGUUCAGGAGUCAUGACAACCUUCGAGUCUUACACAAUAAUGGUUGCAUUGAAUGCCAUUCACCGGGAUAUUCGCUAUGUUUAUAAAUCUUUAUCAUUUUCCGGUGUGAAUCGCUUUACUUCUAGUGUGUUCUCUAAGUGUAGCAGCAAACUUUGUAAUGCGAACCUCCAUAAGCCGAGCUGAACUACCUUCUAUCCCCUUAAUUGAUUCUUAUCACUUAUACACAUAGAUAUCAAGCAUGGCCCCCUCCGCAAUCACAGACUCACCUCCGCUGCAGCCGUCGACAACACUGCCGUCCCAUGCGGACGAAUACGCAGUUCAAGCCGGCGUAGCAGAGUUCCAUGGUUAUGACCAUGUCACCUGGUGGGUGGGCAACGCAAAGCAGGCAGCCACAUACUACAACACGCUCUUCGGAUUCCGCACGAUAGCAUACAGAGGUCUGGAGACAGGUAGUCGUUACUUCACUUCUCACGUUGUGUCCAACAACGACGUACGCUUCGUCUUCACAUCCCCUAUCCGCUCCUACGCACAUCUACCCGCCGACGAGCCCAUAUCACAGGAUGAACUAGCCUUGUUAGAAGAGAUGCACCAGCACCUCGAGCGCCAUGGCGAUGCGGUAAAAGAUGUUGCCUUUGAUGUGGACGAUGUGCAGGCUGUCUAUGACCGUGCGGUAUCUGGGCCCGACGGCAUCGCUGUGUCCGUGCAGCCACCCCGUGUGAUCUGCGGCGAAGGCAAAGAAGGCGAGGUCAUGACAGCCGUCAUUCGCACAUACGGCGACACCACGCACACGCUAAUCUCGCGGCGAGACUACACAGGCCCUUUCCUCCCCGGUUUCGUAGCGCGGGAUCCAGCACCGAGCACAGUGGCCCUUCCGCCGAUUGACCUCGUGCGCAUCGACCACUGCGUAGGCAAUCAAAGCUGGAACGAGAUGGUUGCAGCGUGCGACUUCUACGAGCGAUGCCUAUCAUUCCACCGGUUCUGGAGCGUCGACGACAAGACCAUCUGCACGGAUUUCUCCGCGCUGAACAGCAUCGUCAUGAGCAGCGCCAACGCCGUCGUCAAGAUGCCCAUCAACGAGCCCGCCCCAGGAAAAAAGAAGUCGCAGAUCGAGGAGUUCGUCAUCUUCAACUCGGGGGCAGGAGUGCAGCACAUCGCGCUACUCACAGAUGACAUCGUGUCGACCGUCUCGGCGAUGCGCGCAAGAGGGGUAGAGUUCAUCGCCGUGCCGCCGACGUACUACGAGACCGUGCGCCACAGACUAAAGACGGAGAAGCGCUCGUGGGAGCUCUCUCAGGACCUAGACACCCUCGAGCGCCUGAGCAUCUUGAUCGACUACGACGAGGGCGGAUACCUCCUGCAGCUCUUCACGAAGCCCCUCAUGGACCGCCCCACCGUGUUCAUCGAGAUCAUCGAGCGGCACGAUUUCGAGGGCUUCGGGGCCGGGAACUUCAAGAGUUUGUUCGAGGCUAUUGAGCGCGAACAAGCGCAGAGGGGUAACUUAUAAGAAAGAGGAGAGAUACUUAAGAAGCGAAUGAUCAUGAAGGAGAAUUGUGAAUAAGAGAGAGAGUGGAUGGCGCAGAAG